AUGUCUGCACACGAAGACGACAAGGCCGCGGAGACGGCGCAGUUCCUCGAGGUCAAGGAGGGUGACAACUCCCAGCUGCCGUCCCCCGUCUCCGCUCAAGCGCCAAAGUCCAAGCCCAAGCUCUCGACGGCGGUCAUCAUCCCAGUCUGGAUCGCAAUCUCCAGCUCGGUCAUCAUCUACAACAACUACCUCUACAACACCCUCAACUUCAAGUACCCUGUCUUCCUCGUCACAUUCCACCUCGGGUUCGCGGCGAUGGGAACGCGUAUCUUGCAACGCACGACGCAUCUAUUGGACGGCGUCAAGGACGUUCCUAUGACGAAGGACAUGUUCCUGCGUUCCAUCCUGCCCAUCGGCGUCCUCUUCUCGGCCAGCCUUAUCACGUCAAACUCGGCGUAUCUCUACCUUUCCGUGGCGUACAUCCAAAUGCUCAAGGCGUUCGUUCCCGUCGCGAUCCUGCUCAUUUCAUGGACCUUCCGCAUCAAGGAGCCAAACAUGCGCCUCGGUGUCAUCGUCUUCAUGAUCUCGUCUGGUGUUGCCCUCGCAUCGCACGGAGAGCUGCACUUCAACCUCAUCGGCUUCCUCAUGCAAGCCGCGGCCGUCGGCUUCGAAGCUUCCCGCCUGGUGAUGAUUGAGAUCCUCCUGCACGGCUUGAAGAUGGACCCCCUCGUCAGCUUGCAUUACUACGCACCCGUCUGCGCCCUGAUCAACUUGCUCGUGCUGCCCUUCACCGAGGGUCUCGCGCCAUUCUAUGAGCUUGCAUCCGUCGGACCUCUCAUCCUGCUAUCAAACGCUAGUGUCGCGUUCUGCCUGAACGUUGCUGCCGUGUUCCUUGUUGGCGCCGGCUCCGGCCUCGUCCUCACCCUCGCCGGCGUCUUCAAGGACAUCCUUCUCAUCUCCGGCAGCGUGCUCAUCUUCGGCUCGCUCAUCACGCCGUUGCAGGUCAUCGGUUAUUCGAUUGCUCUCGGUGGUCUCGUCCUGUACAAGACCGCGGGUAGCAAGUGA